AUGCGUGAGCCGGCCGACUUGGAGUUGGUGGUUCCGCGGCUGGUGCACGCGGACGGCAGCUUCCGCUCGUUCCGCCUGGCGCAGUUCUACGAGCGGCCGGUGGGCGGCAGUACUGGCGCCGAAGCUGCCCGUCACCACAGGAGCCCUGACCCUGGCCCGGAGGAGGUACACGUGAGGGUGCCGUGGCGCGGCGCGGCGCUGCACGUGGAGCUGCAGCCGUCCGUGGGCCUGGCAUCGCCGGCGCUAGUGGUGGAGCGACGCCGCGGUCCCGUGCCGAAUGCUUCCCAGCUGCGGGCCGCGGGCCGCCGACUGUGCCACUACACGGGGCACGUGCGGGGAAUGGCCGGGUCCCGCGCCGCGCUCUCACUCUGCGACGGCCUGGCAGGCUACGUGCGCGCCGGGGACCUGCAGCUGCUGGUGCAGCCCGCGCGCCGCCACAGGGCUCGUGUGGCGGGCGGCGGCCAGCUGCACGUCGUGUCGCGCAGGCAGCUCGACGCACACCGGCAGAGGCCGCGCCGGGCGUGCGCCACCUCAGGUCAGAGACACUUCUCACAAACGACGUUCCUUACAAAUAGCGUGUAA